AUGAGGUUCAUCGGCCUCAACAGAACGCUGUUUGACCCAGUGUUUCUCAACCUUGAGUGUUACUAUUUGAAGCAGGCAAACGCAGGGCCAGUUCCCAAGGUAGCAGUAUCAGAUGCUGCACAGCAGCAGCUGCUAAAACAGACUAUGAUUCUGCUCAGCCUCAUGUUGAGGCACUCUGAAAAUGUUCAGAAUAAUUCCAGCGUUGUAGUUCAUAUUCCGUAUGAGGAAGAAGAAGAGGAGGAGGAAUAUGUAGAGGAAGAAGCAGAGCAGCCGGUGCCCCCCAAGCCUGCCCCUCCCCCUCCCCCUCCUGCAACUGUCCCUCCCCUACGCCGAAAAUCGUCUGCUAAUUACCGGGCCUACGCUAUUGAGCCGCACGACAAGAUAAAAUGCAAGAUAUCAGCUUCUCGGAAAUUGCAGCUCAAGUCACUGAUGCUCCAGAUGGCUAAGAAGGAAAUGGAAAAGGAAGAAGAAGAGCGGGCCCAGGAGAAAGGGCGAUUUCUCUCCGAGCACUGUAUCCCCUUAGAACUGGCAGGACUCAGCCUCACAGAAUUGCAGGAGGUAUGUCGGCAGCUCCAUAAACAAAUUGACAAAGUUGAUGAGGAGCGUUAUGACACGGAGGCCCGGGUCCAUAAGAGCAUCAACGAGAUCCAGGAUUUGAACCAGAAGAUUUUUGACCUGCGAGGCAAAUUCAAGCGCCCCGCUCUUCGCCGGGUGCGUCUCUCAGCUGAUGCGAUGAUGCAGGCCUUGCUUGGCUCCAAGCACAAGGUCUCUAUGGAUCUGCGAGCCAACCUCAAACAGGUCAAGAAGGACGACACGGAGAAGGAGAAUCGGGAGGUAGGUGACUGGCGGAAGAAUAUCGAUGCCCUGAGUGGCAUGGAAGGGCGCAAGAAAAAAUUUGAGACCUCUGUCACAGGGCAAGCCUGAGGCCCAAGGUG